AUGAAUGAAUAUUUAAAUUUAUAACAAUAUGAUAGUAAUAAUAAUUAAAAAAGUAAGAUUAACUCUUUAGCUCUUUUCUCAAAAAUAAUAUCAAUGAUAUUAAGUUUUUUUUAGAAGAAGUGCUCAGCUUUUGAUUAAUAUUUGUAACAAAAAUUCAUUGUUUCAUAUUGA